CACCAUUGAUGUUGUUAAUAAUAAUUAGUAAAUAUGAAGAAAAUACUGGAAUGUGAAGAAAACUUAUCAGAUGAAUUUCUAGACGAGCAUGUCUCAGUCUCAAGUGUAAAGAAACUAUCUCACUUGGAAGAAAAUAUGUCUAACUCUGCAUUUCAUAGUGAAGCUUCUUUCAGACGUUCACAUAAAUCAUGAACGCCUAGAGUUGAUUGAAAUAACCCUGAUGCUUUCUCUAUGCAUAAAGAGAGUGGGAUGGUAUGGAAUCCUUUCCAUUCAGAGAAGAUGAUCUCAGAAUUCUCACCAAGAAAUCAUAACCUCCAAAGCGACAUUAAAGAGCUGCUUCACCAAAUUAUGAACUUACGGGAGAGAUCUCACCACCAUCUUGACAUACCUCCAAAAGAUGGUGAAAGAAAAAGAGAUGGUAACACUAGGAGGAAGGCAUAUGUCAAAGAGAUCACGAUGAAGGAUAUUGAGAAGCCUCAAAUAUCCGAUUAAUUAACCUUAAUAACUUUAUCAUAAGAAUUAUUCUACUAUUCAGAAUGCCAAAUUUGAUUUUUACCAACUUGAUCUUUUUGUACAUAUAAAAUGUUCAAAUAUAAUUCUUAUUUGAGAAUUUACUCUCAAUAGCUAAAAUUAGAAGCGAAGGGAGGGAGAAACCUGAGUCACCCGAUUCUUGAUAAAGCUGGAAACAGCACUUUAUUAAUACCCGACAAACUCUUGUUAUUUCUGAGUUUCAUACUGCUUAUUGCUUGCUGGUGCGGGUCCGAAAUAUAUAUUUUGACAUUCCCAAUCGAUUUUAUGCCCAGUUACAAAGACUUGUUCAUCAUCUCUCUUCAGAGGGCUAGUUGUUAUUAUAUCUUCGUCUUGAGUAUUUCCAAGUACAUGAAUCAGAAAAUAUUUAUUUUUCUAGAAAUAUGGUUUACAUACAUAUUUCGGAAUAUUAUUUCUGUUAAAUUUCUACUUCUUGGAUUAGAAGAAAAUCUAUGAGUAUUUAGUUCAGGUUAUACACUGUAAUGGGGACUUAAGGGCCCUGCAGUUUAUCGGUGAAUAAAUCUAGAGAUUAGAUUUGAAAUAUUUUAUUUUUCCAAAUUCAUGAAUCUAGAAAAAAUAGAUAUUAAACCAGGUUUUGAUAAUAGUCAAAAUGAAUCAAAUUUUAUAAAGCUAGUAGUAACAAAUAUAGUUAUGAGGUUUAUUUGAUAAAACACAACAUUGUCAGAAGCGAGGUGCUCAAGUAUCAUUAGUUCAGGAUAACUUUAUAUAAUCUGUUGUAAAAUCUUUUGCCACAUUUCUGAUACUUCAAACUAUUAAGACAUCUCUCAGAUUUGCACGGCACAAACUACAAAUAUAGAGAAUAAAACUAGAUCAUUUUUAAUUCUCUAGCUUGUUUUGAAUUUUUAAAGACUUCUAAAAAUUUGGCUUCCGGUGAAUAUUCCUUAGCCUUA